AUGAAGCUAUGCGUUGCAUUGGCUUGCAUUUUAGUGAACAGUAGAACACUCAGUACGGCAGGAACGGAUGUGACUGGAAAAAAUGUCGCUGAUAUUGUACAGAAUGUAACACACACAGCCGUAGUAAGAUCAUUAUAUGCGGUAAGUUUGAAGAUUCAGAUGUUGGGGCAAAUAGGGGAUUUGCAUUUUUAAGUUUUUACCAUUUUUAGACCAGUAUGUCUUGUAUUCCACAUCUGGUAAAAAAUGUCAAUUUUGGCGAGACAAUCCAUUCUGGAUUGAUUGGGUAUUGCUACUUCAUUCAAGACCUGGCUACUGGGAUAAUCGAUCAAGAAGGUGAGCUGCUUCUGGCCUCUCAUGGCUAUACAAACUAUAUUCUGGCCUCUUAAACUAAAUGUUUAUCUUUUUCUAACUUCAGAUGUGUUGGUACCCGAAAACCCUUACAAUCACGGUGGCAUGCUGCACAAUUCGCCGCCAAUCGCAAACUACAUUUGUAAUAUAGACAUUUGGGGCGAUGACCACCACUUGGAAGGAUGCAAAUGUGUGAUGGGAGAAGACUUCCUGGCUAAAGGGAACACGUACCGAGCUUGUUGUUGUUUUAGGACGAGCUACACUCACAUCAAGCAGUUCUACAUGACUUAUGGCACGCCUAACUUAGUGAAUAAUAUACAGGACGAUCGGAUUAUACUAGAUGACGAUCAAAAAGGAGGCGCAGGGGAUCCCUCAAAGCUGAAUGUUUUAAUUUCCAUGACGUUGCUUUUUGUAAUAAUAACGUUAGUGAAUUAG